AUGUCCCUCGCAAUGUGUGCAUCCCUUCUUAUCCUCUUGCUCACUACCUCGGUCCUCGCGCAUUCACACGUCGACGAAAUCUGGGCUCCCAACCCAUCCACUCACUAUCCAGGUUACAAUCCCAACUACUACGAUACCGUCCCCUACCCCAACAACACGCCGGGCUGGUACACUACCGGUCAAGGCGGUCGCCCCUUGUACCCCAUCGACCUUAAUACGUACUCCAUCAUCUGCAACAACAACUCUUCGCCUGCCAACAUCAGCGCCUCUAUCCCUGCGGGCGAGACAGUAAGGGUGAAGUGGUGGGGACCUGGACCGUGGCCGAACAAUCACAAAGGCCCGGUCUUGGACUACAUUGCGCCAUGCAAUGGGAGUUGUAGAGAUGCUGAUGCGCGGGAGCUCAAGUUUGUGAAGAUUGCCGAAAUGGGGUGGAUAGAUGACAGCAUUCCGGAGGGGCUUUGGGCUGCAGACAAACUAAGAAUGGACAAUAGUAGUUGGAACAUCAAGAUCCCAAACGGAUUGAUGGCAUCCGAGUACGUGCUCAGAACAGAAAUAGUUGCUCUUCACCAAGCGCAUCUUGCGAAAGGCAAUGGGACCUAUUCGCCUGUUGGGGCUGAAUUUUAUCCACAGUGCCUUAGUCUAAAGGUUACUGGAAAUGGAACAAGGGCGGUGACAGGCGGUGUCGAUGCUAGGGCCUUGUAUACAGGAGCAGAGCUUGGGAUUGCGUACAAAACGCUUCACGAAUCGAAUGAGCAUCCGGACUACAUCAUUCCUGGACCACGCCCUUGGUGA